AUGGUCGACAUGGGGGGCCUGGACAACCUGAUCGCCAACGCGGCCUACCUGCAGGCGCGGAAGUCCUUGGAUGCCGACAGCAAGGAGCUGCAGCGCCGACGCCGGACCCUGAUGCUGCCCGGGCCGCAGAGCUGCGAGCAGCUCCGCCAGGCCCCGCCCAACGACUUCCACAGCCUGUGCGAGCAGCAGCCUAUCGGCCGCCGCCUCUUCCGGGGCUUCCUAGCUACGGUGCCCGCGUACCAGGAGGCCGUGGGCUUCCUGGAGGAGGUGCAGAGCUGGGAGCUGGCCGAAGAGGGUCCCGCCAAGGGCAGCACGCUGCAGGGGCUGAUGGCCACUUGUGCGGCCUCCCCGGGGCGCCCACACCCCUUCCUCAACCCAGCUCUGGUCACCAAGUGCCAAGCAGCCACCACGGAGGAAGAGCGAGCGUCCCUGGUGGAGCUGGCCAAGGCUGAGGCCAUGGCCUUCUUGCAGGACCAGCCCUUCCUAGAGUUCCUGGCCAGCCCCUUCUAUGACAAGUUUCUGCAGUGGAAAGUCUUUGAGAUGCAACCGGUGUCAGACAAGUACUUCGAAGAGUUCCGGGUGCUGCGGAAAGGUGGUUUUGGGGAGGUAUGUGCUGUCCAGGUGAAAAACACCGGCAAGAUGUAUGCCUGUAAGAAACUGGGCAAGAAGCGGCUGAAGAAGAAAAAUGGUGAGAAAAUGGCUGUCUUGGAAAAGGAAAUCUUGGAGAGGGUCAGCAGCCCUUUCAUUGUCUCUCUGGCCUAUGCCUUUGAGAGCAGGUGCCAUCUCUGCCUGGUUAUGAGCCUGAUGAGUGGGGGAGACCUCAAGUUCCACAUUUACAGCGUGGGCGAGCGGGGCCCGGACAUGAGCAGGGUGGUCUUCUACUCGGCCCAGAUGACCUGCAACAUGUUGCACCUCCACUCCCUCAGCAUCGUCUACCGGGACCUGAAGCCCAAGAAUGUGCUUCUGGACGACGUUGGCAACUGCAGACUGUCCGACGUGGGGCUGGCUGUGGAGAUCCAAGAUGGCAAGCCCAUCAUCCAGAGGGCUGGAACCAAUGGUUAUAUGGCUCCUGAAAUCCUAAUGGAAAAAGCGAGUUAUUCCUAUCCUGUGGACUGGUUUGCAAUGGGAUGCAGCAUUUGUGAAAUGAUUGCUGGACGAACACCAUUCAAAGAUUACAAGGAAAAAGUCAGUAAAGAGGAUUUAAAGCAAAGAUCUCUGAAAGAGAAAGUCAGAUUCCAACACGAUAACUUCACAGAGGAAGCAAAAGACAUUUGCAGACUCUUCUUGGCUAAGACACCAGAGCAACGCUUAGGAAGCAGAGAAAAGUCUGAUGAUCCCAGGAAACACCAUUUCUUCAAAACCAUCAACUUUCCUCUCCUGGAAGCUGGCCUAGUUGAGCCUCCCUUUGUGCUAGACCCAUCAGUGGUUUAUGCCAAAGAUAUCGAUGAAAUUGAAGAUUUCUCUGAGGUUCGAGGAGUCGAAUUUGAUGAUAAAGAUACGCAGUUCUUCCAAAGAUUUGCAACAGGUGCUGUCCCUGUAGCUUGGCAGGAAGAGAUUAUAGAAACGGGACUGUUUGCCAAAUUGAAUGACCCCAACAGGCCCGCAGGUUGCGGGGAGGGUAAUUCGUCUAAGUCUGGUAUAUGUUUGCUAGUAUAA